AUGUCCUUGCUCUCCAGCACUCCUCAACUUCCUCCCCCAAAUUCGCUUUCUUCUUUGCUUGGAUCAAAAAGUGCUGUAUGUGGCUGUGCUUCAUCCUCCUCCUGCUCUUCCUCUUCUUCGUAUUCUUCAUCCUUUUCAUCUUCAUUCUCUACUGGACAGCCUAAUUCCACCUUACAAAAUCACCAACAGGGAGGGCAUUUGCAGCAAAUUGGUCAUUUCCAUCUCUCACCUUCUGCACUCAGCGAUGACGAUGAUUAUUUGUCCCAAUUAGUACCUACAAUAUCCUCGCAUUCCAUAAUCGCUAAAAAUACUUAUGCUCGUCCACAACCUGUUUAUUGGUGUUCCAUUUGUUACUAUGAACUAAAUACAAGAGUAGGGGAGCCGUUCAAGGUCUCCGUUAAUACGGUAGUAAUAGAUGGAUUUACUGAUCCUUCAAGCAUUUGUCUUGGUCUCCUUUCAAAUGUCAACAGAAAUUUUACGAUUGAGAAUACACGUCGUCAUAUUGGAAUGGGAAUUCGGCUUAGUUGUACCGAUAAUGGAGUAUUACUGUUCAAUCAAUCCGAUUCGGCCGUAUUUGUACAAUCGAGGAAUGCAAAUUUCAAGUACGGGUUGCAGGCGACAGCAGUUUGUCGCGUGCCUCCUGGCGGGGCAUCAAUGGCAAAAAGUGAUGGAUAUCAACACGUUUAUGAAUUACAAAAAAUGUGCUUUGUAAGACUUUCGUUUGUAAAGGGUUGGGGAGCAGAUUAUCACAGGCAGGAUGUUACAUCGACUCCUUGUUGGCUUGAAUUACAAUUACAUCAACCAAUGGCGUGGGUUGAUAUGGCAUUGUCAGAUUUGGAACCGCCAGAUCAUAGAGGGAUCACUUCUGUCUCUUGA